GAGGAGGAGAGAGCACACGAAAUUCACCGGCGGCCAACCCCUCCACGCCCCGCCCCGCCGCGCCGCGACCUAGCUCGCGCGCUCUCUCUCUCUCUCCACCUCACCCCCAAUCCAAUCACCCACCGCGCCGCCAUGGACGGGUCCCUAGCCCAGCGCCGGAGGCAGCAGGAGGCGGAGGCGGAUGGGCGGCGCUUCAGCUUGUUCACGGCGCUGGAGCUGGCGGCCGCGGAGCACCUCAUCCGCCUCAGCGAGAGCACCACCAGCUCGUCGGGCUCGCGCCCGCGGGUCGGCUGGGCGUCGGCGUCUUCGUCCUUCUCCUCCUCCGCCUCGCCCCGCUCCGUCAACAACGCGCCCCCGCCGCGCCGCACAGGGCAGCUGCAGCUGGGCGAUGUGGACGACGACGAGGACGAGCAGGAGGUGGGCGGGAGGCCCAGGAGGAACAGGAGGGUCCGCCCGAUCGCCGAGAUCUACGCCGCCACGGCCCCGAUCGGCGGCAGGAAGCAGGCCAAGGCUAAGGCCGGCGGCGCGAGCGAGUAGCUAGGCUAGCCGGAGCCGGAGCCGGAGCCGGAGCCGGAGAGGGACCUGUUUGUAAAUAUGUGUUAUUUGCAGGGCGUAGCUUGUUCAAACUGAUGCUACAAAAAAAAUAAUCAAAGGUGUGAUAGCUAGCCUAGCUAUUUAAUUUCUACUUUGUAAAUUAUCGUUGUUAGAGGUUUCAGUUAAUCGUCUCUUGAUUGCUUUGUUUCUUUGAUCAGCUGGAGAAGAAAUGGAUGCAUAACUUACUCGAGUUGAGCAAAUUGAAGUGUAAAUUAUAUACAUAACUUUUGUAUGUAUGAGAUAUAUA